CCUGGCCAGAUCCCCUACAAAUUCCCACACACGUCAGCCGGGGGCUUCACCUGUACCUCCGCCAGGUCAUCUGGUAGGACAACCCCCUCUGGCUCAGGACAGGGGCUGGCUGCUCAUUGUCUGAGCACAGAGGGACCCUCUCCUGGCCGCCUGGGUCAACUCACCUGGUUGGUGACAAAUCACAAGGUAUGUGACCAUCACAACCCAAGCCUUCUCCGAAGCCCAGACCAGGAUGGGCAUUGUCACAGAGUCACUCUGUCUUGGUUUUGCCUUUUCUGUGUGGUUUCCAUCAAAUUGUCCUUACUAAGGAAACUCAGCAUUUCAGUUCAGACCACACAGAUGGCGUCUCAUUUGUGUGUGAAACUGGGGAGUGAUAAAAGGGACAGCAGGCAAAGAUCCGAAUAGAACUUUGGUAUUUUAAUGUAUUCUUGCAAACUGUAUUUGUGAAGUGAGUACGUUGUGGUGUUCACGAACUUUUUUGUAGUUGUUUGCCAUAAGGCGCAGUCACAACAGACUUCUAGAUGCAACCUGGCCGUGUGUGACAACACCAAAGGUUGAUCAGAGCGUAGCACCUUCUUGUUGGAAUGCAGCAGGACUUCCUGGGGAAGUUUGUUAAGAAGUGUUUAAGGCUUAGAAAAAUAAAACACAUUGUGGGGGGAGGGGGAGUGUUGAGACCACAAUAAGACACAACCUAAACAAAGACCUUAUUUAGUCCAGCAUGGAUGUUGAAGUAGGUGGAUGGAAGUGGCCAAUGGCUGUGCUGUUCUUGACUUUAUGUAUCGGAUCGUCUCUCUUUUGCCAGCCCUCUAACACCUGACCUGCAGUCCACAGUGGAAGAAGCUGCCAGCACCAGACAGCAUGGCAGCCACCACGAAGAGCAGCAAGUCCCAUGUCAUCUUCAAGAAGAUCUCCCGGGACAAAUCGGUGACCAUCUACCUGGGGAAGAGAGACUAUAUAGACCACAUCAGCAAAGUGGAGCCUGUGGAUGGUGUCGUUCUGGUUGAUCCUGAGCUUGUGAAAGGAAAGAAAGUGUACGUCUCUCUGACCUGCGCCUUCCGCUACGGCCAGGAGGACAUCGACGUGAUCGGCCUGACCUUCCGCAGGGACCUGUACUUCUCCCGGGUCCAGGUGUACCCUCCCGUGGGUGCCUCGAGCGCCCCCACCAAGCUGCAGGAGAGCCUGCUCAAGAAGCUGGGGGCCAACACAUACCCCUUCCUGCUCACGUUCCCUGACUACUUGCCCUGCUCAGUGAUGCUGCAGCCAGCUCCCCAGGAUGUGGGGAAGAGCUGUGGAGUCGACUUUGAGGUCAAAGCAUUCGCUACCGACGUCACAGACAGUGAAGAGGACAAAAUCCCCAAGAAACUUAUUUCCACGGGGAGCCCAUCCCUGUGACCGUGACCGUGACCAACCACACGGAGAAGACAGUGAAGAAGAUCAAGGUGAUAGUGGAACAAGUGGCCAACGUGGUCCUGUACUCCAGUGAUUAUUAUGUCAAGCCCGUGGCCAUGGAGGAAACACAAGACAAAAUACUGCCAAGCAACGCCCUGACCAAGACGCUGACGCUGGUGCCCUUGCUGGCCAACAACCGAGAGAGAAGGGGCCUGGCCCUGGACGGGAAGAUCAAGCACGAGGACACCAACCUCGCCUCCAGCACCAUCAUUAAGGAGGGCAUAGACCGGACCGUCCUGGGGAUCCUGGUGUCCUACCACGUCAAGGUGAAGCUCACGGUGUCAGGGCUGCUGGGAGACCUCACCUCCAGUGAAGUGGCCACAGAGGUGCCGUUCCGCCUCAUGCACCCCCAGCCUGAGGACCCAGCCAAGGAAAGUUUUCAGGAUGAAAACCUGGUUUUCGAGGAGUUUGCUCGCCAAAAUCUGAAAGACACAGGAGAAACCGAGGAAGGAAAGAAGCAAGAGGCCGUCAACGAUGACUGACCGCGCCGGCUCCGGACGUCCCGGACGCCUGUCGUCCCGGUGCCGGUGCCGGGAGCCCUGUAGAGUUCCUCCUCCUGAAUGCCAGGCAGGAGCCGUCCUCCCAGAAAUAAAGUGUGUCUGUCCUCCCCUGCUGUGC